ACAACACCUAGAGCUACCUAGACUAGCUACAUCAUCACAGUUUCAGAGAGACUGGGAUGGUUUCGAGGGGCAGGGAUCUGAAUACGGAAGUUAACACAACAGCUAAGAAACCUUUGUAGCUAACCAACUGCUCUCAUGGGAGCUGUGUCUAGUGCUAUGAAGUUUCGAUUGCACUUUGUGGUGGACCCCAAGGGAUGGCUAUGCAUCAGUAUGGUGUUUGGCGUUUGGCUUUACAACACUGUCUUUGUUCCCAAGUUGGUGCUGCUUCCACAUUACAAUGAAGGACACAUCCCCUGGGCCUUAGUAGUCUGUUAUUACAUAGCGUCGGCCUUAUGUGUGACAGCCCUGUUAAGGGCAUCCACCGCUGACCCAGGACAACUUCCACAUGACCCCAAAAUACCUCAGUCAGAGCAAGAGAGCUGGCAGCUCUGUAACAAGUGCAACCGGAUGAGACCUAAAAGGUCCCACCAUUGUAGCCGAUGUGGUCACUGUGUACGCAAGAUGGACCACCACUGUCCUUGGAUCAAUAAUUGUGUAGGGGAGGACAACCACUGGCUCUUCUUGCAGCUAUGCUUUUAUACUCAGGUCCUCAGUUUGUUCACUCUGUUUCUGGACUUCUGUCAGUACUACUACUUCCAACCCCUGUCUAAGUUGGAUCAGGAGUUCACCACUCUCCACGAGGUUGCCUUGCUCAGAGGGUCAGCUAUCAUGGGGCUGAUGAUGUUUGGAGGAAUGAGCAGUCUCUUUCACACCCAGAUUACCGGCAUCCUCUCAGACACAACCACUAUUGAGAAGAUGUCUCAAUUCACAACUGACACAUGCAGGUCAAAGAAAUCCUGGCAGUUGGCUCUGGCGGAGGUGUUUGGGACAAGUUGGAAAAUCCUCUGGUUUCUCCCUCUGAGAAAGAGACAACCGCUUCGACUCGCAUAUCACUUUGUUUAGACAGAGAUGCAUUUAAAGAGCCUCUUUUGUGCCAUCUGAAUGGAGAGACUCCUGGUUUGAGACACGCAUUUGAGCUUGAAGUGCCAGUAUUGGUUAAAGUCUCUAAGAGUAAGGGAAAGAUUGACUGGUCAACAUGCGUCGUCUAUUCUGCUGCUUAUAGGUAAACACAUGGGCCGUAGUCUUUUGAGAAAUGCCUUUGCUUUAGUCUUCACUCAAAUGGCAUAGGCUUAAGGGAUAUUUCCAGUUUCAGGUUGAUAAAAAGUGGCCUUAACUUAUUUUAUUCAAGAAGGCAUAUUUUGCUGGGAAAUUAGGGAAAUUAUUUGUCUUCUUUGAUUUCAGUAGUUGUCCUUUUUGUCUUUAUUUCCAUGGUAGAGUAGCUGCUGUCACAUAAGUGCCUUUAAUUUACUGCCACACCAUUACAUACAAUUUGUUUCUCCUAAUGUAUAAGAAUUUUUCUGAAACCUCAUUCAAGUUAAGCUUGAAAUUACUGGCUAACUAUUGUAAGUAAAGUCAAUGUUUAUUAUUACAUCAUAUAGAAACAAAAUUGCGUAAAAUUUAAAAUUGUUUAUUGCUUUCUGCAAUAUAUUCAGGAUAUUCUGCAAACUUGGUGAACUAGCCAUCAAAUUUAAUUUUUGUUGACUACUUUUGCAUUAUCUGGACCAUAACACAGAGGUACUACUCUUUUGACAUGGGUUUACAAAUACUAAUUUACUUAAAUGUGCCUAAUGUAUUGUAGAUUAGGUGUGUGCGCGACUCUUUCUGCCUGUUAAACUUAAUGCUCUGGUGGGACGGAAAGAGCUGCUGAGAUCAAAUCUUGCAACAACCACCAGUACCCAUGGAAAGAAAAAAAAAUGCACUGGUGUUGUCAGUGGUAUGAAGGAUUUUGACAGAGGAUUUAAAUGUAGAGUUACAGAGAACGUCCGUUCCAAUGCCUCAUCUUUAGCGGAUGCAUGAAAGCAUACUUGACAAUCCUGUGCAUUUGUAUUUGUGAAAGUUUGUGUCUUUAAAACAAAGAAGACAAAUAAAGACAAAUACAAUUUAUUUAUGAAGGAACAUAUCCUGUAUAAAGAUAAUAAUUAAUGAGAAUAGAUGUCAAAUGAGUACUUGCACAGAAUACUGUAUUAGGCUUCAUUCAGAAUGAUCUCAUGACUUACACUGGAGUGUUUUAUAUUCCGUUUUUUCUUUAUUUUUUUUACAUGGAGAACCUAUUUACAUUGUGCUUUUGACCUUAUUAAAGAUAUAUUGUGGUGUAUUGUGGAUAUUAUCAAUACUGUGCCUGUUUAGAAGUGCUGUCUCUUGACUUACAUUGUGCUUCUCUUACUCAAACCAAAAACCCGCUGACAAAUUAUUAAUAUGUAUAUACACAUAUAUAUACAUGUGUAAAAAUGUAUGAGAGAAAAAGGGAGCAGUGAAAUAUCAAAGGUGUAUGUAUAUCAUGAUGCUUCAACAAUAUACAGUUAUGUCCUUCAUAUGACAUAUUAUAUUAAAUUAUUUAUGUUGGCAGCCCACUGUUUCCCCCCAAUACAUCCUGUAUUGAAUGUUGUAAUCUAAUGUUUACAUGCAUGCACUGAUCUCUCCAACUGGGAAGAUAACAACACCCUAGAGAAAUCAGAUAUUAUCCUUACCUCAGGCUACAGAAAUAAGUGCCUCAUAGCAAGAUGUCUGAGCCAAAGCAAUAUACUGACCGUUAAAAAACAUUUUUAAUUCCUUUUUUCCCCUCCAUGGGAGUGGUUGGUUUUUAAUGUAUAUUUGAUUGAAUUGAUAACUUUUUUUUCUUUUCUUUUUUCUUGUUAACUUCUGAAAACCAUUUGCAAGUCCAUGUGUUGUAUUGGGUGCACUUGUAUGUUGUGGCUUUCAUUUGAAUGAUCUAACUCUUUUUUUGGCAUCCAACCAUCUUUCCAUCCACCUACCCUAUCAAUAUUAUAUAUUAUAUUACAAUAAAACCCAAAUAAAAGG